GACCUCUCAAAAACACAUCAAUUAAAGACAAAAUGUACAACGGGAUCGGACUCACGACCCCGCGUGGCAGCGGUACCAAUGGGUAUGUCAUGCGCAAUAUGGCCACCAUGCGACGGUACGAGACUGCGGAAGAACGUGCGGCUGCUUGGGACAUUGCUCCUCCGAAGCAUCGUGAGCCAGACGAAGGAAUCCUUGAGCACGAACGAAAGCGACAGGUCGAGGUCAAGUGCUUGGAGCUGAGGCUUCAGUUGGAGGACAAAGAGGUUGAUGAGGAAAAAAUUGAGGAAGAAGUCGACGCUCUUCGUCAAAAGCUGCUUGCUAACCUCGCUAGCAGCGCGGUCACAAAUGUCAAGGCACUCAAAGCAUCUGAUACACAUGGGCUUGCUGCGGCUAAGAAAACAGAACUCGAUAAAAUGGCUCGCGCUCUGGGCACACGACAGGACUACUCAGAAGGCGAUGCCUUUGACAGGGAAAAGCAGGAAGAAAACCGUAUGAAACGUUUGGUGGAGCGCGAGGAGCGUGAGCGUCGUCGAGAAGAAGAACGUGCGCGUUAUGAGGCACAAAAGGAAAAAUGGGAUGCAGAGCGAAAGGAGCGGGAUCGCAUUCGUCGUCGAGAGGAAGACAGGAUGAGAAAGAUGCGGGAGAUGGAGCGAGAGCGUGAAUUCCGUGAUCGUGAACGCAACAGGGAUGUACGUGACAGAGACAGGGAACGUAUGCCUCCACCUCCGGGCCCGCCACGCGGAGGUGGAAGAGACUCGUAUCGUCGUUCAAGCCGAAGUCGAAGCCCUCCUCGCCGCGAUCCUCCCGCGCGCGAACGGGAUGGGUAUGGUUCACGCCGUUCUCCACCACCACACCGACAAUCUUUCUCGCGUUCUCCACCGCCGGCGCGCCGUGGACGACCCUCGUCUCGUUCUGUCUCUCCGCCAGUCCGUCGUGGACGUGCAGCAUCUCAUUCGAUAUCGCCGGAUCGCUCGGCAUCCCCACCUCGUCGUCCAGUUCGACGCGGACGCUCGGACGGCCGAAGCCCUCGCCGUAGUCUCAGCCGCAGCUCAAGUCGGAGCCCGCCUCCCCGCCGUUCCCGUGGACGCGGGCGCUCAAAGUCAAGAACGGAGUCGCCAGUGUCGAGAUCCCCGUCACGUUCUCAUGACCCUCCUAGUCCUCGAGGCCGCAAGCGUGCAGCGAGUGUGAGCUUAUCGCGUUCGCCACCACCACCUCCGCAGAGACGUGCGCGGAGCCGCAGCAGGUCGUCUGAUUCCUCUAUGUCUGUCAGUUCGAAUGAUUCAGGCUGAAGGGAAACGCGAAAAUCUUGCAUUGAACGAAAUGUUCUUUACUAUGUGUAUGCUUACGCUUCUUUGUAUUAUGAACAUUGAAGAAUAUGCAGUCGAUAAUAAUGCAAUGCAAAAGGUGC